AUGCAAAACGAAUACUUAUUAUCAUCAACUGAUGCAAGUAUUAAAGACACAAUACCAAUUAUCCUCGAUGUUACCAAUGAUGAUACAUUAAAUUCCAAUAAUAAUGACAAUCAUUUAAACAUUUGUCAAAAUGAUCAACAAUCGCCAAAAUCUUCUUUAUCUAAGACAGAUGAUUCUUUAUGCGUAAAAGAAUAUCAAUUGAUUGAUUCCAGUAUAAAAUUUCAAUCAAAUUCAGAAGAUGUAGAAGUUGAAAAUGAAAAAGUUAUUAAACGUGAAUUACGACGUAAGAAAAAACGUCAAGCAACACGAGUACGGAAAGAAAAACAUGAUUUAGAAAAACAAAUUCGUGAUUUAGAAUUUAAACAAAAUAAUUUAUUAUCAAAAGUUGAAAAUCUUCAAUUAUAUAAAGAACAACUUGAAAUAAGAUGUAAACAAGUUCAUUCAAAUUAUAAACUAUUUGGAUGA